CUCUCUCUCGAGACUCCUCCCUCUCUCUCUCUCCACUCUUCUAUCUCUCUCUCUCCACUCUUCUAUCUCUCUCACUCGACUCUUCUCUCUCUCCACUCUUCUAUCUCGCUAUCACUCGACUCCCCUCUCUCUCUCCACUCUUCUAUCUCUCUCUCUCCACUCUUCUAUCUCUCUCUCUCCACUCUUCUAUCUCUCUCUCUCCACUCUUCUAUCUCUCUCUCUCCACUCUUCUAUCUCUCUCACUCGACUCUUCUCUCUCUCCACUCUUCUAUCUCUCUCUCACUCGACUCCUCUCUCUCUCCACUCUUCUAUCUCUCUCUCUCCACUCCUCUCUCUCUCUCUCUCUCUCCUCUCUUUUCCCUCCUCUCCACAGUGAUGACAUUACAUGACCAGCGCAGGCAGGGGUGAUGGGCGGGUGCAUGACCAUGGCUUAAUAAUGAGUCGAGCUGAAAAUAACCCUUCAUCAAUUCAACACUAACCCUCAACUCUAACGGAGGACGGGCCGGGCGGGCGGGCCCAGACUAUGCCCAGGACUGGGGGGGUGUAAGGGCUCUCUACAGACCCAGACGGCGCCGCCCUCUCAGAGGCCACCCUAACCUACCCCCCCCCUCCUCCUCCUCCUCCUUCACUCACAGACCUGCAUCUGCUUGCGAACCUCUAUCGUCAUGACAUACUCUGAGACAAGAACAGUAGUCUCUAAUGGGGUAACGGGGAGAGCUGGAGCUAGGGCUGGGGAUAAACAAAACAAAACAUUUUUAAAGAUUCUUCAUGCUGUCUCCAAGGUCAAGGAAACCUCUUGUUCUAAAGGUGUGGUGCAAAGCGAGGACUACAUGGAAGACAGUGUUAUUCUCAAUGACGAUGAUCAAGCGACCAGCAACACAUGGUCACUGUACUGUAAACCUGGUGUGUAUCUGUUGGGUGUUGUUUGUGUUUCACUGGGUCUGAGAGAAAAAGGGCAAUAUCAUCAUUUAUUGCACUUGAUCCUCUAAUCAAAUGUGUAUAUACUGAGUGUGCAAAACAUUAGGAGCACCUUCCUAAUAUUGAGUUGUAACCCCCCCCCUCCCCUUUAGCCUCAUCAGGGCAUGGACUCUACAAGGUGUUGAAAGCGUUCCACAGGGAUGUUGGCCCAUGUUGACUCUACAAGGUGUUGAAAGCGUUCCACAGGGAUGUUGGCCCAUGUUGACUCUACAAGGUGUUGAAAGCGUUCCACAGGGAUGUUGGCCCAUGUUGACUCUACAAGGUGUUGAAAGUGUUCCACAGGGAUGCUGGCCCAUGUUGACUCUACGAGGUGUUGAAAGCGUUCCACAGGGAUGCUGGCCCAUGUGGAUUCGACAAGGUGUCGGUGUUCCACAGGGAUGCUGGCCCCAUGUGGACUCUACAAGGUGUUGAAAGUGUUCCACGGGGAUGCUGGCCCAUGUUGACUCUACAAGGUGUCGAAAGUGUUCCACAGGGAUGCUGGCCCAUGUGGACUCGACAAGGUGUCGAAAGUGUUCCACGGGGAUGCUGGCCCAUGUGGACUCUACAAGGUGUCGAAAGCGUUCCACAGGGAUGCUGGCCCAUGUUGACUCGACAAGGUGUCGAAAGUGUUCCACAGGGAUGCUGGCCCAUGUUGACUCUACAAGGUGUUGAGGGCGUUCCACAGGGAUGCUGGCCCAUGUUGACUCUACAAGGUGUUGAAAGCGUUCCACAGGGAUGCUGGCCCAUGUUGACUCUACAAGGUGUUGAAAGCGUUCCACAGGGAUGCUGGCCCAUGUUGACUCUACAAGGUGUCGAAAGCGUUCCACAGGGAUGCUGGCCCAUGUUGACUCGACAAGGUGUCGAAAGUGUUCCACAGGGAUGCUGGCCCAUGUUGACUCUACAAGUGGUCGAAAGCGUUCCACGGGGAUGCUGGCCCAUGUUGACUCUACAAGGUGUUGAGGGCGUUCCACAGGGAUGCUGGCCCAUGUUGACUCUACAAGGUGUUGAAAGCGUUCCACAGGGAUGCUGGCCCAUGUUGACUCUACAAGGUGUUGAAAGCGUUCCACAGGGAUGCUGGCCCAUGUUGACUCGACAAGGUGUCGAAAGUGUUCCACAGGGAUGCUGGCCCAUGUUGACUCGACAAGGUGUCGAAAGUGUUCCACAGGGAUGCUGGCCCAUGUUGACUCUACAAGGUGUCGAAAGUGUUCCACGGGGAUGCUGGCCCAUGUUGACUCUACAAGGUGUCGAAAGUGUUCUACAGGGAUGCUGGCCCAUGUUGACUCGACAAGGUGUUGAAAGCGUUCCACAGGGAUGCUGGCCCAUGUUGACUCUACAAGGUGUCGAAAGUGUUCCACAGGGAUGCUGGCCCAUGUUGACUCGACAAGGUGUCGAAAGUGUUCCACAGGGAUGCUGGCCCAUGUUGACUCUACAAGGUGUCUAAAGCGUUCCACAGGGAUGCUGGCCCAUGUUGACUCUACAAGGUGUCGAAAGCGUUCCACAGGGAUGCUGGCCCAUGUUGACUCCAGUGCUUCCCACAGUUGUGUCAGUUGGCUGGAUGUCCUGUGGUUGGUGGACCAUUCUUGAUACACACGGGAAACUGUUGAGAGUGGAAAAACCCAGCAGCGUUGCAGUUCUUGACACAAACCGUCUAUCACCUACUACCAUACCCUGUUCAAAGGGACUUAAAUAUUUAGUCUGGCCCGUUCACCCUCUGAAUGGCACACAUACACAAUACAUUGUUUCAAGGCUUAAAAAUCCUUCUGUAACCUGUCUCCUCCCCUUCAUCUACCUGGUGUCCCAUGUCUAAAUCAGGCCCUGGUGUCCCAUGUCUAAAUCAGGCCCUGGUGUCCCAUGUCUAAAUCAGACCCUGGUGUCCCAUGUCUAAAUCAGGCCCUGGUGUCCCAUGUCUAAAUCAGGCCCUGGUGUCCCAUGUCUAAAUCAGGCCCUGGUGUCCCAUGUCUAAAUCAGACCCUGGUGUCCCAUGUCUAAAUCAGGCCCUGGUGUCCCAUGUCUAAAUCAGGCCCUGGUGUCCCAUGUCUAAAUCAGGCCCUGGUGUCCCAUGUCUAAAU